CAUAUGUGAGACGUGUAGACGUGUUGUAUGUCAUGUGCAUGACAUGUCUUAUGUGUGUAGUUCAACAGUCUCUGACAGAGGAAGACAGUGUCAGCAAGUUCUCUGGAGUGCUCUGGAAGUUGAUGUGUUCCUACAUUGUCCUUGGAUUCAUUGGCUUCCUGCUGAUUGUGAUCCUGCUAGACAGGAUCGGGGCACGCAUUGACACAGAAUCUUCCGGAUAUCAGAUGUUGGUGGACCAUGUCAGUCAGAUGGUGACUCACAAAACAUUUCGGCUGCUGAUUCCUCUGCUAAUUUUUACUGGCCUACAACAAGGUUUCAUGUAUUCAGAUUUUAACCAGCAUUAUGUGACCUGCACACUUGGAGAGGAGUACGUGGGCUACACAAUGAUCACUAUGGGGAUCUGCAGCAUGCUGGGGUCCAUCUUGGUAGCCCUAACUGGGAAGCGGAUACCCCGGGAGGUGGUGCUUGGAUUUGGCGGCAUUAUGCACAUUGCACUCAUGAUCGGAUUCCUUAUAUGGAUACCAGACAAGCAUCCAGUCUUGUUUUUUGUCCUGGCCGGAGCUUGGGGCGUCUGUGAUGCGGUGUGGCAGACACAGUGUAACACUCUCAUCUGCCUGACCUGUGUAGAUGAGCCGGAUAUAGCUUUUGCCAACUACCGCCUGCUCCAGAGUCUGGGACUCACCAUUGCCUUCUGCUGCGGGACGUUCAUGUGUGUGUCGGCCAAGCUGUACAUGUUGAUGACAAUGUUGGUGGUGGCCAUCAUGUUCUAUGUGCUGGCCGAGUAUCGAGUGAGGCAUGUAGAUGAGGAUGAUGUUUUUGAGGAACACAACUGAAGGCGAUAUCAACAUCACCAGAAGUCAAAGUGUGCGGGAUAUGUGGAACUUACCUGGAGAACUUCUUUCUCUGGACAUCUGGUUUGAGUGACACUCAAAAAUAUUGAUGACAGAAAAAUAAUUAUGAUAUUACUGUUCAGAUACAAAUCAGAAUAGCCAUUGUGAGAUUACAUAUGUCAUUGUGCUUAUUCCACUUAUUCCACCAGUCAUAAAUUUUACUUUUUAGGCAUCUCCUCUGAAGUCUGUAGGGUAAUAAGAUGAUCUUAGCUAUGGUAUCUUUUUCAUUUUGUCACAGUCUUGAUGUAUGACAUCACAGCAGCCAUAUUGAAGAUGUUGACCACUGAACAGUGUGUUAGUGAAUAUGGCUGCUGAAACAGUUGUCGGUUGUACAUACUUCCUUUUGGCUAAUUUAUUGCAAGUAUGAGUUUAUUUUGAACUUAAGAAUCUGAUGAACUAAGGCACGCCAUCACAUAGAAUAACAUGUUAUAUUCAGAGGAUACGUUACCUUUACUCCAAAACACAAAACACCACCACAUUGAUUAAAAGAUG